AUGACUGGCCAUGUCAUUGAACUUGAUCUCAGUUGCAACAGUCUUGUAGGGAAGAUUGAUUCCAAUAGCAGCCUAUUCCAACUCUCUCAUCUCCAAAGGCUUGAUCUUUCUGUGAAUAACUUCUCUAAUUCCAACAUCCUGCCUGAAUUUGGCAGGUUCUCGAGCUUGACAUAUCUUGAUCUUUCUGACUCCUAUUUCUCAGGUCAAAUUCCUUCUGAAAUCUCUCAUCUUUACAAGUUACAAUCUCUUCUUCUCUCGACAUCUUAUAACACUGUGCAAAGACUCGCAGCCCAUGAUUUUAGGUUGCUCCUUCAUAAUUUGACCCUAUUAAGAGUGCUUGAUCUUAGUGGUGUAAGCAUCUCUUCCACCAUUCCUCUUAAUUUUUCUUCUCAUUUUACAACGCUGGUGCUUGGGCAUUCAGAGUUGUAUGGAGUAAUACCGGAGAGUAUUUUUCACCUCCCCAAACUAAAAAUACUUGACUUAUCCAUCAAUUAUCAACUCAAUGGUUAUUUCCCAAAGACCAAAUGGAACAGCAGCGCAUCUCUCACAGAUUUAAAUCUCCAAGGAGUGAAUUUUUCUGGUUAUUUGCCUGAGUCUCUUGGUUAUCUAACCUCACUGAAUAAUUUGUUUCUUAUUUUCUGCAAUAUCUGGGGGCCUAUUCCUGAAUCUCUUUCUAAUCUCACUCGCAUAGAGUAUAUGUUCCUUGCAGGUAACUUCCUAAAUGGAACAAUACCAUCAUCGAUAUUCUCCCUUCCUUCACUAACUGAUUUAGAAUUGAGUAAUAACCAUUUUUCUGGUAAGCUUGAGGAUAUCAAGUCCAAUUCAUUAUUAUCUAUUGAUCUAGGCAAUAAUCAGCUGCAAGGCCAUCUUCCCGAGUCAAUUCAAAACCUUGUGAACCUCACAACUCUUGAUCUUUCUUUCAAUAAUUUUAGUGGUAGUGUGGAUGUCAGCUUCUUUUCAGACCUCAAACAUCUUUCAUCUCUUGGUAUUUCAUAUAAUAGUAUCUCAUUCACAAAUGAAAACAAAGUUAAUUUUACUUUGCCUGAAUCACUUGUGUACUUACAGUUGGCUGCCUGUGAAGUGAAAGAAUUGGAGUUUCUAAGAUCCGCAAAGAAGCUUGAGCACUUGGAUCUUUCUAAUAAUAAGCUUCAAGGAAGAUUUCCAGAUUGGGCAUCAUCUAACUGGAUGUUUUCAUUGAACAGUCUUAAUCUAUCCCACAACAUGCUGACAAGUGUGGACUUAACUCCUUUUCAAUCUCUAAAAACAAUUGAUUUGCGAUCCAAUUCUCUUCAAGGGUCCCUAUCUAUGCCACCAAAUUCCACAACAUACUUCUUCUUAUCAGAAAAUAAUCUUAGUGGAGAAAUUCCUUCAUCUAUUUGCAACUUGACAUCAUUGGUAAUGCUAGAUUUGGCGAGAAACAACUUGAAGGGAGCAAUUCUGCAAUGUUUGGGUAAUAUCAGUAGCGUCCAGAUUUGGAAGUUCUCUGAGAAGCCUCAACUUGCACGGCAAUAA